UUUUGUUUUGCAUUAAUUUUUUUUGUCCAAAACAGCAAGAACAACUCACUAAACCGACUAUUAAAGCUAGUAAUUAACUAACAAAUACAAGUAUUAUUUUAUGAUUUCUUAUUAAAAAUAAAAUGUUGUGAGUACAGGUUAAAUGUACGAGCAGAUUUUUUCGGGUGUCACUACAUUAUUAUAAAGAUAUUUGAACUAAACCGCGUUGUUCAUAAUUACGAAAUCCUCUACCUACAAUAGCAUCAUCAUUACAAGUUUCCUAGCUCAUUUAAAUUUAUUCUUGCCGUUCUUGAAGAACACAAAUGAAAAAUGCUAUCAAUUCGAAAUGUAUGCCUCAAAGCCGGGAAUCACUAUCAUAGUCGAUUCGCGUUACAACAACUCUUUAGAUCAAGGCCAUCGACUUUUAGCGCAAUAAAACUACAACACCCUCCUCGCCUGAGAAAUGAUUUAGUAUUAAAUAAUAUACGUUCUGUGAGCAAUAAUUUAGAAAAAAGCAGUUCUAAUGACACGCCAUCAAAAAACCCAUCAGAAGGUCAAAAGUCAUUGGUAGAACAAAUUCAAAAUGCUGUGUCACCAUAUGGAAGACUGAUGCGCAUUGAUCGACCUAUAGGUUCCUUGCUUCUAUUCUGGCCAUGUGGAUGGAGCAUAGCUUUAAGCGCGCCGGCAGGUUGUUGGCCCGAUCCCGUAAUGCUGGGUCUCUUUGCAACUGGUGCCUUUAUUAUGAGAGGAGCUGGUUGUACUAUAAACGAUCUUUGGGACAAAGAUCUUGAUGCUAAAGUGGAACGUACAAAAAGUCGACCUCUGGCUAGUGUCGAAAUUUCUCAAUUUGACGCUAUAAUUUUCCUCUCAGCACAACUAAGUCUUGGUCUAUUGGUUUUGCUACAAUUAAACUUACAAUCGAUUGUUCUUGGUGCUUGUUCCUUAGGCCUAGUUGUGACAUACCCUUUAAUGAAGCGGAUAACAUAUUGGCCACAGCUUGUGCUGGGUAUGGCUUUCAAUUGGGGUGCUCUUCUAGGAUGGUGUGCAAUCCAUGGCGCGGUUAAUUGGUCAGCUUGUCUGCCCCUUUACUUAUCAGGAAUUUGUUGGACGGUUGUUUAUGAUACAAUUUAUGCACAUCAAGAUAAGAUUGACGACGUGCAGGCUGGAAUUAAGUCGACAGCCUUGCGAUUUGGAGAUAACACAAAGCUGUGGCUCUCCGGCUUUUCUACGGUGAUGUUGUCGAGUCUGGUAGCUGCAGGCGUUUCUUGUGAUCAAACAUGGCCAUAUUACACAGCAAUCGGUAUGGUAGCUGGGCACUUAGUGCAACAGAUCUAUUCACUAGACAUUGACAACCCAACGGAUUGUGCAAAAAAAUUUAUUUCAAACCACCAAGUUGGACUUAUUCUAUUCCUCGGCAUAGUUCUUGGCACUGUGAUGAAAUCUAAAGAGAAGCAAACAACCGCCAUUUCUGCUCAGAAUCAACAGACCUCCUCCUACGUACAAAUUCCAACACAACCAGCGAUGUUAUCGAGUUCGGUGUGAUGCUGUACAAAAAAUUAUUUUGUAUAAAAUUGAGCUGACACCAAAGUAAAAACCCAUGUAUUAAACAUAGUUUAAUGAAAAAAAAAUGAAUACAAUUUAUUGAGAGUUUUAAAUAUUUAUAAAAUUAAAAUUCAUUAUAGAAGGUGAUAAA